AUGAGCCACCGAUACCUUGCAUUUUUCUCCCAACACCACGCCAGAAAACCAUCAAGCUUUCUCCGCACUCCAAAUCUCCUAUAUAAUCGCCGCAAACGCUACUCCAGCACCGCCGCAGCUGCAGAUACGGACCCAAAUGCUGCACUGCAACGACCGGAGCUUUUACAGAACCCGUACAUUCUUAACAAGAUUAUAUCCUCCUGUGCGGAAACGGGUUCUCUCUCCAUGGGAAUUCAGCUUCAUUCCCAUGCCAUCAAAAUGGGAUUUCACUCCAAUAUAUAUAUCAGCACUUCCCUCAUUGAUAUGUACGGUAAAUGCUCAGCAACUUUCUGGGCCCACAAGCUGUUCGAUGAAACGCCUGAAAGAAAUGCAGUCACUUGGAACGCUUUGAUGUCCGGUUACGUGAAAUCCCGUGAUCCCUGUACUGCUAUUGAAUUGUUUAGGAAGAUGCUGAAGGCAGAUGUUUGUAUCACGCCCUUUGGUGUUUCGGCUGCAUCGGUUGCGUGCGCGCAGAUGGAGUGUAGUGAACUUGGGGCUCAAGUGCACAGCCUGAGUUUGAAAGUAGGGUUUGAGAGUAAUAUUGUGGUGGGCAGUAGUUUGAUUGAUAUGCAUGCAAAAUCUGGGAAUAUGGAGGAUUCCAGAAAAGUUUUCGAUGGAUUAGUUGAUAAGAAUGUUGUUGCUUGGACUUCAAUGAUUGCUGGGUACGCUCUUAAUCAGUGCCCCGACAAAGCUAUGAUUUUGAUCAAGGAAAUGUCACGUUGUGGUCUUAAGGCGAAUUAUGUUACUUAUAAUAGUUUGCUGAGCUCGUUUCGUUGUCCAGAUGAUUUAAUUCAUUGCAAACAAAUUCAUUGUCGUGUCAUUCGGGAGGGUUUAGAGGCUAAUCCUUUCUUGAACACCACGUUAGUGAUUAUAUAUUCAGAGUGUGCAUGUAGCUUAAGUGAGUUUUACGAAAUUAGCUCUUGCGUUAAAGAAUUCGAUCAGAUUGCAUGGAACGCUGUUAUUGCUGGAUUUGCUAAUUUUGAUGUUGGUGAGGAAGCCCUCACGUGUUUUUCUAGAAUGAGGCUGGCAGGUUGCGCCAUUGAUUUCUUCACAUUUUCAAGCAUACUAAAAGCAUUGGGAAACAGUUCACUCCUUGAAGAGGGGAAACAAAUCCAUGCUCUAGUUUCCAAGACUUGGCACAGUACAAAUUUAUACGUGCAGAACGGACUUGUUUCAAUGUACGCAAGAUGCGGUAAAAUCGACGAUGCAAAGAGAGUAUUCUCCUCAAUGGACGAACAUGAUUUGGUCUCAUGGAAUUCGUUACUCACAGGAUGCGCACAACAUGGCUAUGGCAGAGAAGCUAUUCAAAUGUUCGAACAAAUGAGGAGUGGUGAGGUUAAGCCAAAUUCUACGACUUUCCUUGCAGCACUAACUGCUUGCAGCCAUGUGGGCUUGCUUGAGAAAGGCCUGGAAUACUUCGAUCUGAUGAAAAGAGACAAAUUUCUUCCACCUGCUCGGUUAGAGCACUAUGCUUGUGUUGUAGACCUCUAUGGUCGGGCUGGAUUUCUGCACGAAGCCGAGGCUUUUAUAGAUAGUAUUCCAAUUGAGCGAGGGCCCUCUGUGUAUAAAGCUUUGUUAAGUGCCUGUCAAAUUCAUAGUAAUAAGGAAAUUGCUUUACGUUCAGCCAGAAAGCUUGUUGAAUUGUGUCCUAAAGAUCCUGCUAUUUAUGUAUUAUUGGCAAAUGUGCUGGCAACUGAAGGUAGUUGGAACGAUGCAGCACGAGUGCGCAAGAUAAUGUGUGAUAAAGGAGUGAGGAAAAAAGCAGGCUAUAGCUGGCUAUGAAUUGAGACGUGUUGUUGAUAUGGUUAUUUUGUGCCGAUGCUAUUCAGGCUGCGUUUGGCAUUAUCAUGCUAGUGAUAUGACAAUAACGACCCUGAAGUCGAAUAUAUUGGAGCUUAUGGAUAUUCAAUAUUUUAUGAUAUCCUCUAAAGAAUGUUUACUUGUCCAGGUAAAAGUGUAUCUGUAC